UUUACCAGCACUGAAGGUGCCUUUAUUGUGUUUUCACAGGAAAAUGUAGGUUUGAAACUGAAAGAGCACCUUUUUUGUCUUUGCUCCUCCUGCUGCCAUCCUAAAGGUGAGAGGCAGCGUUUUUACAGGGGGAUGCUGAGGUGAAUGGGCUGGUCCACUUGCAAAGAAUUGUGGCUGGAGGCAGUAGUAGGACCACGGUGAAGGAUACACGGGAUUAAUUUGUUGCUCAAAAAAAAAUUUUUUCCUAAGUAACUUACUCUGAAACUAAAUAUUAAUUGUGCAUUGGUGGAAGUAUGCGCCUGUAGCGAAAUCCCUGCAGCUUUUUUUCUUCUUCUUUUCCCUCAGUGAUUUCAUCCAUCACCAGCACUGCGCGCCUUGGUGCGCCUCCCUGACUCACGGUUGUCUCCUCGUUGUCACAACAUGUGGAUUAUUUUGGCGUUUAUUUUUGCAGCCGUCCGUCCCGAGGGGAGCUGGGGGUGUCAGCUACCCCAUGACUGGAGACCGCAGACGGAAGCGUGCCGUGCCGAGCUGGCCGAGAUCAUCGUGUUUGCCAAGGUGCUGGCGCUGCACAAGGAGUCGUACAGCGUGUAUAACUAUCUGCCGUGGCAGCACGACACUGACCUGCUCUUCUCCGCCGAGAUUGAGCUCCUGUGCGAUCAGGCGUGGGGCAGCAUGCUGGAGGUUCCUGCGGGUUCCAGGUUUAAUGUCACCGGCCUCGGUUACUUCCCCUGCUUCUCCUACAGCGUCACCAAAGACAACAACUACUACUUCUUCCUAAGGAUGGAUGAGAAUUACAACAUCGUCCCCCACGGAGUGAACUUUCAGGACCCCAUCUUUAUCGACACCGCAGAGAAUCACCGCAUGUUUGCUAGCCUCUUCCAGUUUUCCAACUGCACGCCUGGAACUCAAGUCCACACCUUUACCCCGGAGUGGGAGGCUCAGGAGGACAGCCGGUUGCUGUGCUCCACCGUGCAGAAGGCUCUGUUUGAGGAGGAAGAGAGGGUGAGGACCCUCUCCCAGAAAGUGCGUUCCUUGGAGAAAGCCAACGGCCACCUGAGGGAAAAGGUGAAGACCAUGAAACGUCUGCUACGCCAGGCUCAGCGAGAAACAACAAAAGAGCAGCAAACCCUCAGCUUCAAACAGAUUUACGAAUCGAAGAAGCCGCAAAGUCACCCCGAUCAGGACACGACCCAGGACCAAAAGAACCAGCCGAUUAAAAAGGCCCUCUCCAAAAAGCUAAAAAAUUAGAGCUUCUUCCUGUUAACUAACGGAGAAGUGCUCUCUGUGAAGCAUUAGUGGCAGAUCAAACUGAAACAAUAGCAAGUGAAAUGUUGGGCGAGGUGACAGAAAGAUCUAAGAACUCUGAAUAAGCAUGAAAGCCACUGUAUUCUUCAUGUCUUCCACAAGAUUCGCCUUAUUUCCAAAGAAGCAUUCAUUUUAACCCGCAGGAUGAUUCCUCUGCUUUGCUCAUGCAACAAAGUUUAGUGCCUCACUCUUUAGUUUGUGGUUCAGUUGAUCUGUGCCAGUGACAUCAUUGUUUCUCUGCACGACUGUACUGUCACCUAACCUACCCACAACUUAUACCAGUGUGUACCGUUUCAGUUUAUUUCAAGUGGCCGCACAAACAACUACUAGAAAGCUCAUAGUUCAAAGCUUUUGAAUGCCCAAACAACAGGGAGAUAAUGUUCAAACAUUGGAAAUGAAAUAUCUAAAUCUGAUAUUUCUUGUUUCUGUGCUGGACACAAGCAUUGUAUACAUUUUAGAAUUUGUUUGUUUUUUUUUCUUGGUUUUGCUGUCAAAAUUCUUCAAAUCAAACGUUGACUUUUGAGAGGAUAUGUGACAGUGUGGCAUGUAUUGUUUUAAAUGAUCCUAUGUUUCCUGCGAGUGCUGAGGUAUAAAUAACCUUUUAUUAACUCAGAAGUUUGUAAGUGCAUGGCAUUAGGUUGACUUCAGAUGCUCACAAUUACUGGCUGUGCAAGCUGGUGAGCUAAAAUAAGCAUGUGUGGGGUAAGUGGUUACAGGCCUGCAUAUUGAUCUAGUUCUCUUUACGAGGAGCAACAAAUAUACCAAAGAAUAAGGUGUGAAAAAUAUUUUUAAAUUCAGUAUUUGUUUGUGGGGGGGUUUCUCCCAAGAGUGCAUUUUUCCAAGUUCACAUUAAUCUGUGAUUUGUACUGAAUCAAAGUGUCAUUUUCGUAUAUAACAGGGUGCUGAGCACCCAUUAAUUCCAGCCAGUGAGCCUGGCAUGGUACGGGAUUGGCUUUUUCUGUGUCAGAAAAAAAAAGGUUGCUUUUGUUAUACAUUCUGUAUUUGCUUUUGAUAUGAUCUUGCUCUCUCUACAAUGUAAACACCUGGCUUGCCUCGCCGAUACAAUAGCUUUUGUAAUAGUGACUGUAGCUUUUUGGAAUAAAUUAAUUUUU